CAAAAAACAACAUUAUCCCAGGGCAUCGUCUCGAAAUCCUCAACUACAAAUACGAACACGACAGAUCACAUUCGAGCAGAGUUUGGCCCUGAACUCGGAUAGACGGAAGAUCAUCUCUUCCUCCCCAUUCCUUUCAUAGGGAAUCAAGGGACAUCGUGAUGGUCGCCAAGUCCCAAGGGCCCCUCAUCGUCGGGGUCGACGUUGGAGGUACCAAUACCGACGCCGUCCUUCUCGACCUCUCCCUUCCCGGGCCAUCCGCCGUCCUAUCGUCCCAAAAAUCUCCAACCACUCCCGACGUCACCCAGGGCCUGCAGGCCUCUCUUCUCACCCUCCUCUCCAAGCCCUUCGCCCCAGCCCCAUCCGCCAUCAGCGCCCUCGCCAUCGGCACGACCCAUUUCCUCAACGCCAUCCUCCAGCGCGAUGCCACCCGCCUGUCCCGCGUCGCCGUGCUCCGCCUCGGCUCCCACGGCUUCCUCGACGGCGCCCUGCCGUUCGCAGACUGGCCCACCCCGCUCCGCCGCAUCAUCGAAGGCCACUCCGCCGUCCUCCCGGGCGGGGUGAACAUCGACGGCCGUCUAAUCGCCCCGCUCGACGAAGCCGCCCUACGCCACCAAGCCCGCGAGGUCCACCGCCGCCGCAUCCGCUCCGUCGUCAUCGUCGGCAUGGGAUCCCCCGCCGAUCGGUCCCACGACCAGGAAGCCCGCGCACGCGACGUGUUCCUCGCCGAACUGCGCCGCGUCAACCCGGGCUACGCGCUGACCACCGACGUCGUCCUGUCGCACACCGUCGCCGGGUCGGGGCUGCUGGCGCGCGAGAACGCCGCCAUCCUCAACGCCGCCAUCUUGCCCUUCGCCCGCCGCACGCUGCACGCCUUGACCCACGCCACGCGCCAGAUUGGCCUCCGGUGCCCGUUAUACCUUACCUCGAAUGCGGGCCACCUGCUCCCGUUUUCCGAGGCCGUGGCGUUCCCUGUUCGCAUCUUCUCCUCUGGCCCUACGAACUCCAUGCGCGGCGCCGCUUUCCUCGUGCGGGAAGAUCUCGCGGCCCGAGAAGGUGCAUGUGGUGGGGGGACGUGCAUCGUGGUCGAUGUGGGUGGCACGACCUCCGAUGCUGGGGCUUUGCUUCCCAACGGGUAUCCGCGACUUAGCAGGACGUAUAGCGACUUGGGCGGCGUCAAGGUUAAUUUGGAUAUGCCGUCGGUAGAGAGCGUCGCUCUGGGCGGCGGUUCUAUCGUUCGCGUCUUGGAAGACGGCCACGCUACGACGGGAGGAGGAGGUCCUCGGGUCACCAUCGGCCCGGACAGCGUGGGGAGCGCACUCAUGACCCGAGCCCUCUGCUUCGGAGGCGUCAUCCGCACCGCCACCGACAUCGCCGUCGCCUCUUCCCUCCUGACACAACAUGAAGACAACGACGGCGACGGCGACCACGACGGCGACAUUGCGCCCGUCGCCGUCGGGAAUCCCUCCCUGGUUGCCAUCCCCCGCGAGGUAGUCUCUUCCGCGACAGCCAGCGUUCGCCGCAAAAUCGAGUCCCUGAUCGACAGCGUCAAGCUCUCCCCCGAUCCAUGCACCGUCGUCCUCGUGGGCGGCGGCGCCAUCCUCCUCUCCCCCGCCACCCGCCGGGAAGGCGUCGACCGCAUCAUCCGCCCCGCGCACGCCGGCGUCGCCAACGCCGUCGGCGCAGCACUCGCCAAGAUCUACGGGACAGCCGAGGCCAUGGUCGAUGCCGAAGACGUACAAGCGGGCAUCUUGCAGGUGAAGAAGCAGGCCGUCUGGAACGCGGUGUCGAAAGGCGGGGUGGAGGGCCAAGUGACGGUGCUGAGCGAGACGGUCGAAUGGGUCCCUUACAUCGACGGCAAGAAACUCGUCCGCGUCCAAGUCGCUUGUCCUGCCGACCACGCGACCGUUUACGAGGGGAUGCUUGAGUCUGGCCGGAAUGUGGAUGGCAUCUCCUUUGAAUUUGGAGGCUCUCCCGAGGAGGUGCCCGAGCCUGCUACCUGUAUCCAGGACGACGAUGCGCAGUUGAGUCGUCUUCGCCCGCUUGACCAGCUGGACCAGAUCGACGUGGCGACGUACCGUCCUCAGGUGCUCUCCUCGGGAGAAUGGGUUCUCUCGGCGACGGACCUUAAAUUCCUCGAAAUAGGAUGCUACAUACUAGGGUGCGGCGGGGGAGGGUCGCCGUAUGCUUCGUAUCUUCACCUUCUCGAAUGCCUCCGCCAGGGCGAACGCAUCACAAUAUGCCGUCCUGAGGACCUGCGCGACGAUGAUGUGCUCCCCCCGGUGGCAGCCAUCGGUACGCCGGCCGUCGGACUUGAACGGAUCGCUUCUAAUGCAGUCUUUCAUGCCUUGCAGAGGUUACGAGAAGAAGUGGGAGGGGUGGAGUAUACCCAUAUUCUGGCUACGGAAAUCGGUGGCAUGAACGGUCUGGGAACCUUGAUUUGGGGCGCCCAACGGUACUGUGGGUUGUCCAUUGUUGACGGUGAUUUGAUGGGUCGGGCAUUCCCCAACUUCGAGAUGGUAUCACAAUAUGUGUCCGCCGAAUCGAUAAACGAACUCCUCCCCGUAGCGAUCUGCAGCGGCGACGGAAGAGACGCCAUCGUCCUAGCGGGGCAAGAAGACGAAACCGCCGCAGGCAAGGAGAUACGUCGAAUUUGCGCCGAGUUUGGUUUUGCCGCCGGAGCCUCCGGAACCCCGCUGUCCGGCCGCAAGAUGCGCGAAGCCGGUAUUCCGAACAGUUUCUCCCUCGCAUGGCGCCUCGGGCGGGCCGUCCGGAGAUGUCAACUAGAUUCCACGCUCGGUACAGUCGCCGACGCCCUCAUCGACGCUGCUGGGGGUGACAAGUCGGCUCGCACGGUUUUCUCGGGGAAGAUUCGAGGCGUGGAGACCAGGAUUACCGAGACGGGCCACUCUCUUGGAGAAGUGGUCGUUGAGAGGUUGGCCGAGGGCGAGAUGGAAGACGAGGGGUUGGGGGGGAAGAAGAACGGAGAGGAUUGGACUGAGGUGCGUGUGCCGUUUAUGAACGAGAAUCUGGCAGUCGUGGGUAAAGGAGCUGAUGGAGAGAAGGUGCUGGCUACCGUCCCCGAUUUGAUCAUCCUCCUGGACGCAUCGUCGGGUGAAGCUAUCGGUGUUCAGGAGUAUAGGUAUGGUGUCAAGGUAACCAUCGUUAUCAUGGCGCCACACCCUGUCUGGACAUCCAAGCGUGGAUUGGAGAUCGUGGGGCCGAGCGCUUUUGGGCUCCCUUAUGAGUACGCGCAUACUCUUAAUUAUACGAAGCCGAAAAGUGUGAUCGAUGAGUAUGGGGUGUCAUGAAGAGUCCUCUAGCUCGAAGCAACUGAAUGAUAGAUCUUGACAUCUUGUAUAUCGAGACCUAGAGUACCAACCGACGUCCAACCGAUGUGAAGGGAAAGGGCAUGGUCUGACAGCACGGAGUUCUCACACCGCCGGUAAAUCUGAGAGGGGAAAAUGUUCUUUGCCGGGAUCUCCUCGUCAUUGUCUGGUGUUGAGCUGCGCUUCUCCAGGCAUACGAGAUCGGAGAAACCGACUCGCUUCAUAUGAGCGACCUAGAACAGGGCUCUGCAAAAGGGGCCCCCAUUCCGUAUCAUGUAGAUCGGGUCGAUUCUCAGACUGAACCAGUCUGAUCUGUUCCAUGUGAUAGUCGUACAGUGUUUUCGUCAUCUUGGCCAAGGGCCUUGUCGGCGAGUUCAGGACCUUGGCUAUCUGUAUGUGAAUUGUGAUGGAAGU